AUGCGUCUCCCAAUCCUCUCUCUCACCCUUCUCCUCGGCCUCGGCGCCGCCAUCGCCGUCCCAGCCCCCAACCCCGACUCGGCUCUCGAAGCCAAAGAUUUCAUCCCGAACAAGGUUUUGCGACAGGUGAUUCCGCGUCAGGGAAUUCCGCUCCCGGAACCGGAGGUGGAUAUUGAGCCCCCGAGAGAUGAUGGGUUGGUUCCCUUUGCGGGAGGUGGACCGGUCGUCGGGAAGUGGGUUAAGCCUACGUUUACGCCGGGGCCGGAGGAUAACGUGUUGCCGUUUAGUAAUAGUGUGGACUUGAAGAAGCGCGAUCUUGGACACACAAAAUCAAAUGCAUUCUGUCCGUACCCUGGUACAGCAUACUGCUGCAACCCUAACCCAGGAACGGGAGGAACCCUCUGCAAAUGGAAUGGUGAUGGACAUUUGUCGGGCUGUGAGUUGAUUACGGGUGGGGAGAGUUCUCCCGAACAGCUCUUCACAUCCUUCGAACUUUUUCAGUACUUCUUCAACGUCAAAUCUGUCCCUCCAACCAAGUAUCCCUUCAUCAAGGCAGUAACAGUUAGAGCCAUGGAUGUUUCCAAGAUCACCAAUUGUCAAACAAAUCACGCUAGAACUAUCAGGGGAGCUACCCUCAAAUCGCCUAGCUCACUUGACUCUAAGGAGUUUCUCAACUUCAAAAUUCUCGAGCGCUUUCAAAAAUAUUUCCCCCCUCAACAUGAACACUUUAUGCGAACUUUAGACCUUGGCAAACAGAUAAAGCCUCGACUCAUAUUCGACGUGAAUCUUUACUGUCUAGAGGAACUACCUGAAUUUAUCAUCGAGGUGAGAUUUGAGAGGUGGCAACUGGACGAAGACGGACAACCUAUUUGGAAACUCUGCAGAAGUGCCUUCUUUGCACAAGAUCCCCUCAUAGUCCCCCCUUCGCAAUUCAUCAUCGUGUCCAGCGAAUGCGCUCUGGCUGAACAAAUCAUGCAACGACUUCACUGCGAUGGAUCCGAAGAUUUUUUCCCCUAA